AUGUCACAAUCGUCCAACAACCCGUUCCACACAUCCAACCCCUUCCACUCGCCGCAGGACUUGGAAGUAGACGGCUUCGAGGAGAUCGAGCUCGGCUCGAGGGCCGCCCCACGCCCGGGCCCCGGACAACAACACCAACAGGAGGAACAGCACGGCGAUGUGGACCCUGACGAGAGCACCGAGCACAACGAGCCAACCCUCGUGGUCGGCCAGGACGUCUUCCGCAACCGCCAGCGCCUCCUGGAGCAGCGCCGCAUGAUCGCCCUGGCCCUGGGCGCGGCCGCCGUCCUCCUGCUCACCUCGACCGUCACCCUCGCCAUCCUCUACGGGAAGCUGCUCCGCCACGGGCACGACGCAGCACCCCAGCCCACCACCGUGGCCACAACCGUGACCAUCCACCACACAGCAACACCAACAACCAUCUCCUCGGCCACACUCACAACCCCCGUGACCACAGUAACCAACAUAGCCCUCUCCCCCGCGGCCCCCAAGCCAACCCAGUGCUGGCCGGGCUCCGUCUGGGGCGGCGCCGACCUCAAGGAGGUCAACGAGGACUACACGACGCUCAUGGCCGUCGCCCUGGGGACCUCGCAGCUCGGCCGCCUCGGCAUCGCCACCGACUACGACCUCGUCGCCCUGCGCAGCAUCUUCCUGUGCGGCAUGUCCAUGGCGCCCGGCGAGCUGCAGGUCCUCGACGUCUGCAAGGGGGCCUACGUCUCCAAGGGGGACGGGACCCGGUGCGACGACCAGGGGAGCGAGCUGCGUGACGGUAAGGUGGUUGCCACGAGUACGCGUUGA